CGCUGUGCGGGGCGAGGCGGGCGAGGGGUCCUGGAUGAUCUGAGGCUGCUCCGGCAGUGGAAGAUGUGGAUUGAUCCACACAACAAAACAGGAGCGCUUAAGUAGCAAAAUAAUAACUCAACUCUGCCGCCUGGGGUGUGGCCUCCGCUCCUACCUGGUCGCUGUAAAGCAUUGUGUGAACAAGAGUUGGUUUUCGUUUUUUUUUUUAUUUUUUCUUUCCCGAUCGUGCAGGAUGAGCGCCGUGCCUGAGGAAGUUAAGGCAGAAGAUGGCAACGCGGAGCCUGGCAAAAAGCAGUUUUACUGCGAAGUUUGUAAAAUUUCCUGUAUGUGUGCUAUAAAUCUUCAGUCCCACUAUCGUGGUGCAAAGCAUAGAAAGCAAGAGAAAGCCCUGAGACGCAGGAAUCUCUAUAGUUCUUCAGCUCUAAUAAAAGUUCCGAUGAAGUUUCGAGUGCUCAGACCAGUGAGGAGAGCAUUCACAGGGUACAUAACCUGUCUGAAGGAUUUUAUGAAUGAUCCCAGAAGAGAAGAACCUCUUAUUGGUUUAGAACAUGUGGUUGAAAUCAGACUUGAAGGAAGAAAAGACCCGCGUUACGAGUGCAGGCUGUGUGGGUGUAAUGCAGAGGUGGCACCUAUGAUAGAACAUCUCAGUGGACACAAACACAGAAGAGAAUACAUUUCUAAAGAAUUUCCAGAUAAAAUGAGGAGAAAACCAACAAGUGGAAAAGAAUGCAAAGUAUCUUUUUUCAAACGGAUAGCAGGAGAGCUAGAGAAGAGUGAAGGAUUAAAAAUGUAUAAGAUUGAAGGUUACGCAAGGCCAACUCCCUCAUCGCCAUUGAAGAAGAAAGCAAGGUGGGAAGAUGAUUACAAGCAUGAGAACGAUCCUGUUCGGAAACAAAAAGCUCUGGAGUUCUUGGAGACUUUUCACAUCACCUCAGACUCAGAAGCAACACUUGUUGUUCACAUUACACAGGAACUCAUGGAGGCUUUGAAGGCCUUUUGUGAAAAGAAAGCAGCAGAUAAUUGCGCCAACAGUUUAGGCCCACAGAUGUCAGUACCUCAGAAUGAAUUUCCAGAAAGGAAAAGCGUCCCAGAACACUAUGGGACAGAUGGAGAGUACAAAGGAAGUUCUGACUGGAAUCAAGGUUUUUUGUCUCAGUAUGAAGAGUGUCCUGAAGAUGCUUCUUUUGCUCCUGCUCACUCAAACAGUUACCAGGCAGAUGAUGGAUCAUCCUCCUGUCAUCUGAGAUCUGACAACAUUGCAAUGAUAUCUCCACUCACGGGCUCUCCUGCUGUUGAGCCUGAUAGUGCUGUCAGUGGUGUCAGCAAAUGGCUGAGACAGCUCAGAAACUCUGUGUCCUGCAGGAAUUCGGCUGCUGGGGCCUCUUCAUACAAGACCAGCCCAGUGAAGGAGUACUCAACAGAAUACAUAUCCAAUAAUGUGCAAGGAAGUGAGCUUUGUGAUAACAGAUUGUCAUUUGGCAGGGAAAAUACAAAAUGGAGGAAUCAACAAAUGUGUAAAAAAGCAAGGCAUGUAAGUGACCAAAAAUUACCCUAUCCCACUUCUUCUGCCUCAUAUCCUUCAUCUGGAAGAUACUCCACAAACUAUCCUUCACAAAACUAUUCCUCUUACAAGAACGAGUCUGUGAAUACUUGUACAUCAUCUGCAAAUUCUGCUGUUUCAGGAAGAGGUGGCUCCAGAUGGCACCAGAACACUAGGUGGAAUGAGUGGAGUGAGGACUGUAGCUGGAAGCAGGACUAUAGCUGGAAGCAGGAAUCUAGGUGUCAAGGAUUCAGGUAUCAGGAAUCGGGCUACCAGAGAGACUGGAGUUCACAUCAGGACUCAAUUUCUGGCAGUGGUUCAUACCGAGGUCCCCAGCAGUUCAGAAGAUCAGAUGGAGUUGAUGUUGGUCUUGCUCCCAACACUGUGAAGAGACUACUAGGAAAGGAAGUACCUACAAUGACCAGGAUUCUCAAACAGUUGGCUCCAUAAUAUCCAGCACUUCAAA